GUCGGUCUGUCGGCCUAUAAUUACAGCUUUACGCGUAAUCACGUAUAUACAUAUACUUAUUCUAGAUUCUAAAUAAUGGCCAAUCCAUUAUCAUCUCAACCUCUUCAAGUCCGUGUGCUUACGAUGGCAAAGAACCUGCAAUUCCUCUGGUUUACAGGUCACCUCUUGACUUUGUUCGGUGCCUUGUUGUAUGUAAUCUCUCUUGUGACAUUUAGUUCCAGUACAAAGGGCUACACAAUGGCCUACAUUGGUGCAAUUAUAUCUUAUGGUGUUGUCAUCUACAAAUCCCACGGUAUCCCUCAACUUAAUGCCCCAUUUGCACAGAAGUUGGCAAUGGAUGAGAAUGCUCAGUACCUUCUCUUGGCUCUUUACUGGAUGUUCUCUAGUCCUAUUUCUGUGAGUCUUGUUCCCUAUGUAUCAUUCAGCACUUUCCAUGCGCUUGGCUAUGUCAGAACCAGUAUUAUUCCCACUAUAUUCCCUGUACCCGCUGGUUCCACUACAAGCUGGCAACCAAAGACUCAGUUGCAGAUCAAGACAUGGACUGACAAGAACUAUGGUCCUGGUAUGAGAUUUGUUGCCCAAAUUGAAGUUGUUGGUAUUAUGGGUCGUUUGAUUCUUGGACUUUUCAAGUUGCGUGUCAUGUCUGUAUUUGUGUUUGCCCAAUUCUUGCGAUUCCGUUUCCACCUCUCUUCCUACACCAGACAGGCCUUUACCGAGCUCCGUACUCGCCUUGACAGCCUUAUCUUGCCUCCAACCGCUGAUCCCCGUAUUCCCGCAGUAGUUCCCAAGGCCUAUUUAACCAUCAAGGACAUGAUUACUCGUUAUGGUCAAGCUGUUGUACAGCAGCAGCCUGCACCCCAAUAAACUAGAUAAAAGGGAGAAUGAAGGAAAGAGAGUGUAUGUGUUUGUUUUUUCUACCACGAACUUUUCUUUAGUAUUAUUGUUGCUAUUAUUAUUAUUAAAAGAAAAAGAAAAGAAAAGAAAUGUG